UUCAGUUUACUCGUAAAACGCGUCGGUGAUGUUUCGUAGUCGGUAAGUAGUCGUCGCGCGAACUGCGUUCAUGCAGCUUUUCGUUGCUUAUAAUCUAUAAGGGAAUUUCUUCAAUUGAUUCGAUUAUUUAAAAUUACAACAAAAAAGAAAUUGUUUUAUUCUUAGUCAGAAUUUUAAUAUUGGCCAAUUAUAUUAUUUUUCAUCAAAAUCUUUCUCAUUUUAGUUAAAUAAUGUAACGGAUAAUGAAAUUGGCCGGAUGACAAAAGAUAAUAUUAACACUGACUGCUGAUAAAAACGCCGCCAAAUUGAACGGAAGACUGAGAACAAUUAUAGUGGACUCAUAAUUAUUGGAUUUUAUUCGUGCGCGCAAUGUGCAGUAACAAUAAAGAAAAUAAAAAUACGAUUUCCAAACACAGACCAAUAAAAGUUACAACAAUUGGUGAUGGAACUGUCGGCAAAACAUGUAUGCUUAUUACAUAUACAACAAAUGAAUUUCCUUCGGAAUAUGUACCUACUGUUUUUGAUAACUAUGCAGGAAUUAUACAUGUAGAUGGACAAGAAUUUGAUAUGACUUUAUGGGAUACUGCUGGUCAAGAAGAUUAUGAGCGAAUAAGGCCUUUAUCUUAUCCAAAUACUGAUUGCUUCUUGAUCUGCUUUUCAGUGAAUUCUCGCACUUCUUACGAAAAUGUUGCAAAUAAAUGGCACCCAGAAAUUAAACAUCACUGUCCAAAUACACCUAUAGUUUUAGUUGGUACUAAAGGAGAUCUUAGAAAUGCAGAAAACGUUGAUACAAUUACUUUUAAGGAAUGCAAAAAAAUGAAAAAAAAAAUAAAAGCUUAUAAAUAUGUAGAAUGUUCUGCUUUGAAACGGGAAAACUUAGAAGAAGUUUUCAAUGAAGCAAUUCGGGCAGUAUUGAAAAAACCAUCUAGUAAACUUUGUUGUUCAUUUUAAAAAAUUAAAUUAUAAAGUAUUUAUAAUUAAUUAUUAAAAAAUAUUGACUUAUCAUAUAAUAAUUUUAAUUUCAAAAAAACAUAUCAUUCCACAAAAAAUAUAUUUUUAAAGACAAUUUUCGUAUAUUUUUUAAUAUCAAAAAUUUUUAGAAAUGAUUGAUGAUAAUAAUGAUUAACAAAUUUCGAAAAGUGUAAAUAUUUUAAUGUUUAUUAUACAAUUAAAUAGAAUAGAAUAUAGAAUAUUAUUAAUAAAUAAGAAUUUAUUUUUUAGAUAUUAUUUAUUUAACAAAAUUUUUUGAAUGAAAUAAAAAUUAAUUUUUUAUAAUAUAUUUAUAUAAUAUUUCUUAUUAAAAUAUUCUUUUUAUUUUGUAAUAGAAAUGAAUUGAAGUAAAAAUAAAAUUGCCAGCAUUUAUCAUGUA